AUGGUGGUGGUGGUCGUGCUGCUGGUGCUGCUACUGGUGAUGAUGCAGCUGCUGCUGGUGAUGAUGCAGCUGCUGCUGGUGAUGAUGCAGCUGCUGCUGGUGAUGAUGCAGCUGCUGCUGGUAAUGAUGCAGCUGCUGCUGGUGAUGAUGCAGCUGCUGCUGGUGAUGAUGCAGCUGCUGCUGGUGAUGAUGCAGCUGCUUCUGAUGACAGUGGAGGUGUUGAGAUCCUUCGAGGUGGUUGUGGUGUUGAGAUCCUUUGAGGCGGUGAUGGUGUUGAGAUCCUUCGAGGUGGUGGAGGUGUUGAGAUCCUUCGAGGUGGUGGUGGUGUUGAGAUCCUUCGAGGUGGUGGUGGUUUAA